AUGCCAGCUCUGAUCGCCAGCCACUCCCGACUCCAACAACUGCUCGAAAUUCCGUCUUUUUGCUCAACCAGUGGUACUCUGCCCUCAAAUCCAACGGACAUUGUUGGUCUUUGGCCCGACUGGCGGCUACCUCAGCCGGCUUGGUUGAGCUCGACUACCGGACGUGAUGCCGGCUCGAAUGAGUACGCGUCAGGUGAAUUUCGCAUGCCCAACGAUGAACUGGGACCAUUCGGUGAAUUCACAGUGACGCUGGAUCACUUGAAGUCCGGAUUUACGUACCAUGUCGUACUGUCGCCCGUGAUGCUCGAGGCUGCAGAAGAACCAACCCAUCUAAGAAGGGAUAUUUACGACGAUUGCAAUUUUAAGACAGGUAACUAA